ACACACAUAUGAGUAAGAGACACUGUACCACAUUUGCACUUCUGCCUCUCUAAGUCAGUGUCAAAUACUGUAAGUGUGUGUGUGCGUUUGUUUGUGUGUGGGUGUGCACGCCUCUGUAUGAAUUCUCCUGUGCCAAAUCAGCUCAGAGGGACUUUGAGAUUAAGCGGCUGAGCUGAUCUCAUUGACAUUUUAGAUUAGCACUGUCUGCAGGGCCUCAUCUCUCUGUCAGCGAUACAGGAUUAAGAUAGCACUUUGACUAAGGGCUAAAGAACAGGUGGUAGAGGCAGUGCUCAGCUCGCUGUUACACUCCACCCGCCUCCAGUCCGCAUAUUGUGUGUGUGUGUGUGUGUGUGUGUGUGUGUGUGUGUGUGUGUGUGUGUGUGUGUGUGUGUGUGUGUGUGUGUGUGUGUCUGUGUGUGUAUGUGUGUCUGUGCAUGCAUUGGUGUUACAGUCUGCAACUGAUAACGUAAAAGCCAGAUCAGGGGAGGCAGUUUAUUUGACUGCCUAUGUCCAUGUCUAUCUUCAUGCAUGUGCUUCCUCCUGCACACUGAGGAUGAUGAUGGUGAGCGACGACUGUCUGGUGGAGUGUAAGAUCGAUGAUGACAGUGAUGAAGAGGAUGGUGGAGGAGAACAGAUGAGCACCCCUCCUCCUCCUCCAGAGUUUGCAUCCAAAGCCCCGACUCCGGCGCCCAAGCCUCCGACCCCUCCGGCGGCCCCUGUUACACCCACACCCACCCGUCCUGUCAGCAGGGACCCUUAUGGCAUCAACAAGCACCUACAGGUGGAGGUCAGUGAUGUGCUGGCAGAGCCCGCUACUCCUCGUAGCAUAGACCAGGUGUGGUUUUACAGCGUCACCGGCUUUGAGAAGGCUCGCACCUGGACGUACUGCUGCCUCACCUUGCUGCUCGCCGUGCCCUUCUCUUUCCUCUGUGGCGUCUUCCUGGCCAUUCUGGCUUGUCUACACGUGUGGUUUGUGGUGCCUUGCAUACAGCUGAGCAACACCUUCCUGCCGUGCCUGCGGUCCUUGUGCAUUUGUUCUGUGAAUGUUUUCAUCUCCCCCUUUUGUGAGUCUCUCGCCCUCUGCUGCAGUCAGAUUGCCAUUUCACUGUCCAACAAAGACUGGCAUCAAAUGGGGGACAAAGAGGCUGCACCAGUUUAAGAAGUUGCUAGCAGGUGAUAAGUCAGGGUCACAGCAUCAUUGAGUGUAGGACUCAGACUCAAGUCUGACUUGAGUCCUGAUUUCCAGAAGUCAUAACUUGUCUUGGAUGUGAGCACUGAUGACUCAGACUUGGACUCAGGCAUUGAGUGCAUUCACACUCUGGAGAGGUCCCUGACUUUUCUUGUUUUUUUUAAUAACAUUAUAAAAGCCACACUAUAAAAGCUUUUUUUACGUUAAACUAGCAGCUUCGCCCUGAACACCUGUUCUUUUUCUACAGCUGCUUUCAGACGUGCAAUGUACUCCGGUGAACCUCUGCACGUUCUGCAGAGGGGCUGUGUGUGAGAAUGCAAAUGUCUGAUUGAGAGCCGGCACAGCAGGAGAUCCUCCACAGGAUUCUCCGCGAGCGAGUGGGUGUGUUGAUGACACUUCUUAUCUGUGACGGAUGCAAAAAUGAAAAACAUGGCGGUGCCAUACACGUGCCAAAUACAUACAUGUGCUGUGAACAAAAACACAUGAUCUCGAGGGGGAUUUCUUGCUGUGUUGCUCAUGAGUGAAAAGCCAACUCUGGAGAAAGUCUGGACCCAAUUCUGCAGACAUCUUCUAGAAUACAUGUCUUAAAACAGCUUAUAACUUUGGUGAGUGGAUGUGAUCUCCUAUGAGAAGUGCGUAGCUGAUGUAAUACAUUUCCAGCAUCAAGUUCAAGAGUAAUGCUGUAGCUGUACAUCAAUUAAAAAGACAUAGAAGUCAUUAAAAAACAAUGUUAAGCCACAUUAUUCAGAGAGGAAACGUUUUAAACAUCAGAAAUUCUAAACAGAGUUUGGUGGAUUUGUUACAGUGUAACUCUUGUGGUUCAGGAAGCAGAGGAUCAUGGGUAAUAUGCAUUGUUCAGUUGCGUUUCAGUUCAGUGAGUGGGACUACGCAGUCAAAGCUCCUCUCAACAAUGUGAUAGGCUGUGAUUUUCUGUGAAAACCACGUAUUGUUCAUAUUCAGAGCCCAACAAAAUUCACCACCAUGUGUGGCUGCAGAGGGCGCUGUUGCUAAGUGAAAGUUACAGAAUGUGGCUUUAGCUUUCGUGCAAGGGCAGGUACUGGUGUUCACCUACAAGCUGAUUCAUGUACAUACCAUCACUUUGUAUUAAUAAAUAAAAUAUGCGCAUAAAGAUGUGACUAUAGUUUGACUAGGACUAUUUUGUUUUGGCUUACAACCCUGGACAGAGUGAGUGGGAUAGCGUGAGAGAAUUUUGUGCAAAUUUGCAUCUGUCUUUCUUGUUUUUAAACUUCUGAAACCUGGUGAUGUUACUGCUGUUUGAUUUGUUUACUAUAUGCAAAGAUAAUUCAUAACAAUUAUUAUUAUCAAUAUCACUAUUACUGUAACUUUUACACUGACUUCAGAUGUAAUUCUGCCAGAGUUGUAUCAUUAAUAAAAUCUAUUUUGAAAUUUC